AUGCCGUUUCGAGGCCCUUCUUGGGUCUCUAAUGCAUCAAUAGAUGCUAUUCCCGACUCAGUUCCCAUAUGUGAAUAUAUUCUCAACGAGAAAUAUGGCCGGGCAAGCUUAGUCACCUCUAAACAGCCUUUUGUUUGCGGCAAUACCGGGGAUGGAUACAGUGCAAUCCAGGUUCAGCAACGUGUUGAUCAUUUGGCCAGAGCCCUCGCACAUGAAUUUGGAUGGCAGCCAAAUGUUGGUACAGAGUGGGAUAAGACUAUUUGUAUCUUCUCACUGAAUACUAUAGAUUUUUUUCCACUAGGGUGGGCGGUUCAUAGAUUAUCAGGGAUAGCUUCCCUGGCCAGUGCAGCAUAUUCUGUGGAUGAACUUGCUUAUCAACUCCGAGCAUCUAGGGUCCAUGCUCUGUUUACCUGUGUACCGUUACUGGGCACGGCCUUGAAGGCUGCAGCAAAGUGUGGAAUUCCACAAUCUCGAAUUUUCUUGCUCAAUAUGCCACAAAGCUCAUCGAGUCCCCAGGAUUUUAGAAACAUAGACCAAUUGGUACAAGCAGGCUCUGAGUAUGGCGAGCUGGAGCCGUUGAAUUGGACAAAAGGCCAGGCUACUAGACAAUGUGCCUAUUUGUGCUUCUCUAGCGGCACUUCAGGUCUCCCAAAAGGGGUGAUGAUCUCUCACAUGAACAUGAUAUCCGAAGUUUGGCUCCUCAAACUUUUCGAGGAACAUACUAGAACAUUGGAUCAACAAGACACGGUUCUUGGAUUGUUGCCUUAUAGCCAUGUAUUCGGGUUAUCGGUUUUUAAUGCUGCAGUAUAUCGGGGAGAGUCGGUCGUUGUGUUGCCAAAAUUUGAACUUGCUACCCUUCUAGGCGCAAUCGAGAGGUGCAAGAUCAAUGUUCUCUAUGUUGUUCCGCCUGUGAUCAUUACCAUGGUUAAGGAUCCCGAACUGAUGAAAAAAUACGAUUUAAGAAGCGUGCGUCACAUUAUCACUGGAGCGGCUCCUCUAGGAAAUGAAACGGCAGAAGAUCUUCACAACUUGCAACCAAAAUGGUCCAUUCUCCAGGCGUACGGCCUUACGGAAACGACAGCAGUGGCGACACACACUAGUCCUCAUGAUAUGUUUUUCGGUUCGUCCGGAUGUCUCCUACCAUUGCUUGAGGCACGGCUUGUAGCAUUAGAUGGCACUGAAGUUGAGAAGUAUGACAAGCCGGGAGAGCUCCUAUUGCGCGGGCCGACCGUCGUUCUCGGAUAUCUUAACAACGAAGAAGCAAACAGGGAAACUUUCCACGACGGAUGGCUGAAGACGGGCGACGAAGCGGUAUUCAAGAAAAGUCCUAACGGAGAAGAUCACGUAUUUAUUGUCGACAGAAUAAAAGAGCUUAUCAAGGUCAAGGGAUUCCAAGUUGCCCCUGCUGAGCUGGAAGCACACCUCCUAACGCAUUCUGCCGUCGCGGAUACAGCCGUUAUUGGCAUCCAUGACGACGCUGCUGGUGAAGUUCCAAAAGCAUUUAUAGUUAAGGCUCAUGGCAUCACUGCACGAGACGAGGAUUUGAUUCGUGACAUUCAAAAGCAUGUCCAGAACCACAAGGCGCAUUAUAAAUGGCUCAAUGGUGGAGUUGAGUUCAUCAGCAUUAUUCCAAAAAGUGCGAGCGGGAAGAUUUUAAGACGGUACUUGCGAGAUAAAGAACGGGACAAGAAAAGGAAACUGGGCCCCAAAAUAUAA